AUGGCGGACGAAUUCUCAAAGUUUUGGAAAUUUGACAAGAUAUUUGCAAAUGUUGCCCUUUUUAGUGCAUUGAUCUUGAUAACAAUUGCACCUGGCAUCGAUUCUGCCCUAAAGGAUCUACCACCUCAAGUUUUAUUGAGGCACAUCAAAUCAUCCAGGCAUCUACCAAUCUGUGUUUUGUUCAGAGGAGAUGAAAAGGAAAAAGAAACAACCUUAGAACAGAAGCUCACAAAAUUCUGGGGAAAAAGAAAUAACACUGAUUCAUAUCAUUCCUGGCAAAUAGGUUCCUUUAAUUCCAAAAAGUUUGUGCUUCCACAAAUACCGUCCAGUCUUCCAAUUGUGAGAUGCUAUCUUGGUUAUGCCUCGCCGUUCGACUACACUGGAAAACCACUGCUAAAGUCAUUCCAGAGAUGGUUUGGAAAAUUAAUGAAGGUUUAUGGCAACCAGCUCAAAGAAGCCAGUGUUUCAUUAUUUGAACAAAAGCUUUCUACAAAUAAAUUAACCCUGGUUGGUUUCCCGGGACCUGAUCAGCACUAUGAAGUGGAGGAAAUCUUCUACGAAGUCAGAAAUCAAUGGGAGAAUGAUAUUGAAGUCCUGCUGGUGCAUCCACAUUCUCCUGAAGUCAAAGACUUGAUGAAGUUGUUCAUUUUGAGGCACCAGCCUGCUGUGAUAUUUGUCAAGGGGAAAGAUGAGGGAGGGUUCACCAUAGUUAAGAAACUACUGCAACAUGACGUGUCCAAGCUGAAAAUGAACAUGAUCGUUGCAGCCAAUCUAGUCCAAGCAGAGCAUUUCAAUCAGGUCACAUUUGAUGAGAAAGUCACCAACCCAUACAGAAAGUAUGUACCAGUUUUGAUCUACAUGUACACAUUCUGGACUCCGCAUGCUGUGAGUUAUCUGACCAUGUACCAACGUGCUGUUGCUCACCUGAAGAAUACUGGUAUCCAACUUCGCUUUGGUGUCAUCGAUGCAUAUGAAGAACAAAAUAUUCUCAACAAAUAUUUCGAUGACACUUAUGCCGCUGAGUUACCCCUGCUCAUCCUCUACUAUCCAAUCAGGAUGGCGCAUAACAAGAACAUAGUCAAGGAACUCAAGAAAGUGAUUGUCUCUGGGAAGAGGCCAUCAUCAACUACUGUCUCCGAGAUGUUAAAGUCCUCUGGUUUAAACUUCACCAAUAUUGCUGGGAAAGAUUUUGUCUUUGAGGAGGAGGAAUGCCAAGUAUCACUGGAGGUCUCCGCACUGUAUGAGGGGCCGCAUGGAACUAUGUGUUCAGUUACAUCCCACAAUGAAACAGAAAAUUACCCUGCUCCUCCGGUCAUCUGGCGGUUACCUCCAAAAAAGAUCCGAAAGAAAACUGAGAAGAAAUGGGAUGAUUGGCAUACACUUCAUGGUACAGAGAAGUUAGAGAAGAAGCUGAGGAAGUUGGAUGGCAUCCCCGUUGUUACCGACGCGACCUGGAAAGAGGUCAUAGAACAGUCACACGCUCCUUUUCACCCGUUCGUCUCCAACAGCAAGUGGGCGGGUGAGGUCACCAAAACAAACCUUGUUGUCUUCAUCAUGGCGGACUGUGGCAGUUGUCGGAGGAACAUGGACACUUUCAAAAGACUUCAUCAGUCCGUGAGCUUCAUCACUGGUGGCUCUAUGUACAUCAUGAACUGUACCAGAGACCAAAUAUUUUGUGAACAGAAUGGAGUGACAGGCUUCCCCACGAUACAGGCGUUUAGAGGGCUGGGGUGGUUGACAGGUGAACGGUGUGUCUCCACCAAGGCAGCUGCAGAACCCCAGUAUGUUCGACUGGAUUACCACGGUGUGAUUCAGGUCAGUAACAUCAUGGAAUGGUUUUCAACUGUUGCCUCCCCAGCUGUAUCUAAUGUCGGCUUCAAGGAUCACAGUCUUGAUAAGGCUGAUGUGCAGUUGCUGGCCACUUUGACGCCUAAAGCCUCCAACCUGCUCCCAUAUAUCCCAAAGUCAAAGCUGGGGACAGAAUUCUUCUAUCCGUAUGAGUGCUUCCGUCUGGCUUGCGAGCGUCUGUUUGGCCGUGUCUCUUGUAAAUCUCGAUACAGCCUGGACAUCUCCAUGACAGAGUUUGAGGAUGAGGAUCAAGACAUGGUUGUAACGGAGGUGGUGAUGGAGCGGGCUGAUGGUGUUUCUGCAAAGGUGACAGAAUUAAUGAAGCCGUUGAUGAAGACAAUGCAAGAUGAAGUUGAUUCAGCCAUUCAUCAGUUCCACAAACCACACAGAUACAAUCUGAACCCUGUCCAGCGAUGUGAAGAUGACCAUGCCUUCUGUACUGACGUCAUCACCGAGUUCUCCCUGGACCAUGGGAGGCUUGCUGUCCAGCACAUGAAUGAAGCUUAUUUUCACAUGGGAAAGGGAAAUCUUCUAGUACCAGAGGAGUUGCCGGCACUGGUUGCUCUUGUUCACACAGCUAAUGUUACACAGGAGGCUAGUUUAAUGAAGACCCUUACUGAUGUUGCCUUGAGUUUUUACAAUGACAUCUCCAUAGUGACAUUAGAUGUGGACCAGUACCCAUCAUGGGUGGGUCAGUUUGUACCAAAGGAUUUCAGAAAGAUUGCCAGUUAUCAGACAGACAUCCCAGAACUUUACCACUACCCAAGAUUAUGCAUCAUCAGAUGGGACGACCACCAUCACGCUGCGUUCUAUCCAAGUAUUAACAUCACAUCGAUGCAACCCGAGUCGUUACCAUAUGAUUACACACAGGAGGAAAUCAUACACUUUAUACGGCAAUUUUUAAAGAAACCUGACGAGAGCAUGAUAGAAACAGAGACAUUUUAACUCUUGAGAUGAGGAAAGUUAUCAUUGUGUUACUGGGGGGGGGGGGGGGGGGUCCCGCAAUAUGAUUACGUAUUUUGAUUGUUAUAUCAAACUAGUCUUAUAAUUGUGUAGAGACAAUCA